CGUUGGCCAAAGAUUGACGACAAAAGAAACAGAAUCUCCAAAUUCGUAGAAAUGUUUCUCAACCUUCGAAAUCAUCUUCAUACAUUCUAAUAAAUCUGAUGGUGAUUCUCGAUUUGGCUGUGUCAUUGUUCUUGAUUACCCCUUUAUUCCAAUGGCUCUAAUUCACUCCAAUUUCUAACAAGCUCGGCUUCGCACUCGCUACCCCAUAGCCUACCGCCAAAAGGAAGGAAAGAGAAAAAGCUUCCGAAACACUCCACAGCUGUACUGGACAAAAAUGGACGGAAGAAAGAAAAGUGUAAAAAGCAAAAUUCUAUCGAUAGAGACGUAGGGGAAAAAAAGCAAAACGCAAACACCCCUGUUACUUACUGUUAAUGUGUUGUACUGUUCGUCAUGAGGGAAAAAGGUUGCGUUUCUUCUUCUUCCCACAAUUUCAGUGCGUUUCCAAGCCCCGGAGUCCCUAAUUACUGGGAAAUCAAUGUCAUGAACCAAAGGGGUUGGAGCUCCGAGCGAAUCCCUCAGCCCAAUAGCAUUACCCGCCGCCGGAAUGCCACUGUCGCCGCCUUGACGCCAUUUUACGGCAGGACAUUGCCUUCCAAGUGGGAAGAUGCCGAGAGAUGGAUUAGUAGCCCCAUUAUGGGCAAUGGGUACAGCAGGAGUUUGCAGUCUCAUCUACAGAGAAGACCCAAGUCCAAAAGUGGUCCGAUUGGGUCGCCAGGAGUUUCUAAUUACUCCAAUUACUCACCUGCAAUUCCGACGCCGGAGAAUCGGGGUUUCGCCACCUCCAAAUUAGGCUCUGCUCUUUCCACUGGGGUUUUAGUACCUGAUGGGGUUGCUCUCUGCUAUGGCGGUAGUAGCAUUGAGAGGGGGCAGUCUUAUCCAGAGUGUGCCAUCCAACGAUUAGCUUCUGCACCCAGAUGGUCAGAUAUUCUCGACGAGUCGCCACUGCCAAGCUCUCAAGAUGAAAAGGAUGGUGGUUCCGAUGAGGCUAUGGAUUCGGGUGUUGUUUUGCAACGAAAUGUGGCAACCCAAAUGAGCCGUGAAGACUUUACGCCUUCAUCUCCUCAGGGGAAUGGUUCGGUUUCCUCUUCAUCCCCUUCCACACACCCAUCUGUGAAUGGAAAGGAGAGUGACCAUUGUUCUAAGCAAGAAGUGAGAGAUGUUGAGGUGGACAAGAGAGCCACGGUGAUACAGAGAUCCAAAGGGCAUAAAGACAGAUUGACUAAGGAAGACUUCCCACACCUUGGGAACUUGAAUGAAAAUCCUAUGGAAGCUAGAGCUUCUUCUUUGGAUAUUGCAGAGGCAGCUAUUCAAGUUUCCAAGCUGCAGAGAGAAGAAGCCAAGAUAAUGGCGUGGGAGAAUUUGCAGAAGGCAAAAGCUGAAGCUGCGAUUCGCAAACUCGAGAUGAAACUUGAAAGGGCAAGAUCAUCAUCAAUGGAUAAGAUUUUGAAGAAGCUGAGGAAGGCACAGAUGAAAGCACACAAAAUGAGGAACUCACCUGCAGUUGAUCGGAACCAGAGAGUUCGUGGCACGAACAGCUUUUUCCCGUUCCACAGGCACGUGUGGAUUGGUUCCCUCAAACGGUGGUUCAUCUGCCAUGCUUCCUGAUUUCUCAUGGUAGCUUCCUCGUCUUAGAAACUAAGACUAGCUUAGCUUUGUUGGUUCUGUAGCGGCGAAGAUUUUGCACUGUACACUUGUUCUAGAAGAAGAAAAAUUAUAGCUGGCUUAUGAUUUCUGCGCAGGAAAUAUUGAUGUAGCUACCCAUGCUUUGAAUUGC